UCCAGCCGACAUGCGCCGCUGCACCAAACAAGCACUCUGCAAUCGAUUGCUAUCCCUUCCAGGAGGGGAAACAAAGAAUAAUAUUGUUGUUAGCUAGCGUAAAGAUUCUAACCAUAUAAAUAAUGGGAAAGAAGCAUAAAAAGCACAAGUCUGAAAAAUAUGAAGAGUACGGGGGGAGACCACUUAAAUUGGUUCUCACGGUUGCUGGAAAUGAGGUGACGACUGGAAGCUCGAGCUUUGAAAACACAUUUGAUGAACAUCCAGAUUUAGAGAAACACAAGGACAAGAAAAAGAAAAAGAAGAAGAAAAAGGAUAAGGAAAGGAUCGAUACCAUGUCACCAGUUGAUGACAAGAAAAAGAAAAAGAUGACAAAGAAGAAGGGACAGGGCGCUGAUACAGACUGGGAAGAUAGGGAGGCGAGCAGGACCCCUAUCCAUUCAGAUCUGGCGUCCUUCUUGAAUAAAGUGGAAGAGAAAGAACUGACCCCACUGCAGGAAGCCUUGAGUCAACUCAUCAGACAGCUCCAAAGGAAAGACCCAAGUGCGUUUUUCUCGUUCCCUGUGAUUGACCUCAUCGCUCCUGGCUACUCCACGAUCAUCAAGCGGCCCAUGGACUUCGGCGCAAUGAAGGAGAAAGUCAAGAAUGAGUAUUACGAGUCACCAGAGGAGCUCAAGGUGGACUUCAGGAUCAUGUGUGAGAAUGCUAUGAUCUACAACAAGCCAGAGACCAUUUACCACAAAGCUGCCAGGAAGCUGCUCCUCUCUGGCAUGAAGAUCCUCCGCCCGGAGAGGCUUGAGAGCCUGAGGCAGAGUAUUGAGUUCAUGGCUGACCUAGAGAACCCAGCCAACCAGUCAAGUAAGACUGGAGAGGAGGUGGGAAACUCAAGCAUGGACCAGUGUAAAGAUGGCCCCAGCCCCACAGAUCUUAGCCAGACUUCCCAGUCUGCCCCAAACACUCCCAGGAAAGACAACGACUCCAAAGACGAAGUGUCCAAGGUCGUCAGUCAGGCAGAGAAGGAGCUUGAGGAGCUCCGCAAGCUCAUUGAUGAUUCAGGAGGCAAACUGUCCAGCAGAGGGCUGGAGAGUGAGCUGGACUUUGAGAGGAGAAAGUCUGAUGGUUCCACCACACUGGCAAUCCUGAACCCGGUCGAACUUGUUGCUGGAGAUGUGGGCUACUGCCCUGUGAAGCUGGGCAUGCUGUCCAACCGGCUGCAGAGUGGCAUCAACACCCUGCAGGGCUUCAAGGAGGACAAGAGGAACAUGGUCACACGGGUAUCGUACAUGAACUAUGGUCCGUACACCUCCUACGCGCCCGCCUACGACUCGAGCUUCGCCAACAUCGGGAAAGAGGACACUGACCUGAUCUACUCCUUCUAUGGAGAGGAAGCCAGCCUCCAAGGAUCUGAGAGCCUCUCGGAGUUCCUGUCCAAAUCGGAGGAGCACAUGUACAAACUGGCAGACAACCUCCUGGACGCGUUGACUAACGGGGAACACUCCAAAACCCUGAGAGAGACACGUCCAGAUGAGCAAGGACCAACAGAAACCUCUGAGACUAGAGACAAGGACAUGGAGGUGGUUGAACCCGAAGCUAGCAAGCAGGCUGUAAGCAGGCUAGCCUCCCUGGGCUCUGUGAUCGGCUUGGACUUCCAGAAUCCACCGGACCUCCUCUCUGAGGAGACCCAACACUUCCAGCAGAAGUUGGAUGAGACUACAAAGCUCCUCCGUGAGCUGCAGGAAGCGCAGAGGGAACGCUUGAGUGUCAAGCAGCCCCUUAACAUCUGCCUGCCAGCCCCAACCACCAAGGAGCUGCAGCUGGCUGAGAAGGUGACUGGUAACCUGGCCCAACUGACCAGUCAGGUGGCUCCAGGAGAUGUGAGCAGUGUGUAUGGGAUCAGGAGGGCCAUGGGCAUUGCUCUGCCCCUAGAGGCAGAUGAACCACUCGUAGACCUCACCACAGUGGAUGCUGAGCCGAUGGAUACCGUGCCUGAAGUUCAGCAGAUUCCAGUCAUCGCAGUAUAACGGAAUUUCACAGCAACCAUCCUGUUGUAGUGUACAAAAAGGUUCUUUGUUUGCAUUUCUUUUAUUAAGCCAUUUGUCAUUUACCUUAUCCAAUCUGUUAUUCCUUGUCUUUGUAAAUCAAGUUGGGAUUUAGCCUUUAGCAAAACAAUUUAUCGCAACUGUACAAAAUGCAAACUCACAUUUUAUUCCUCAGACAGCAUAACAUGAAAGCAACAUGGACACAUUCGUUUGGCAGUCAGAUGUCGAGUAAGACCACAGGACAAGUCAGUUUUCUGAGGUACAGAGAAGAAUGUAUCUUAAAAGGUCUAAUGCAGACAUUUUAAAUCUAUCAAAUAAUUUAUGGGUACAAGUAUGUGACUAACAGCUUCUAAGCUAAAUUUGCUCUUUGCUAGGACUGUCCGUGGAGAGCUGAAAACAAGCUGUUAUUGGCCGAGAGGUUUGGAACUCUUUCUUAUUGGUCUUAGCUAAUUUACUGCCUGGCCAAAACUCCAUCCCACCAAACGGGCUGAAAUUUCAGGGGGUCUUUUCAAAAUGGCAUUGUCAUUAUCACGGUAUUCUAACGUUAACUGCAACAAUAACAGACAGUUGAUUGUUUGACAGCAGGUUUAGGUACACAAAGUAGAAUGUUAGUUUGACCAGCGAUUCCUAAAAAGCAUAUGCUGCCUGUCUGCACAUAAGACACUGCAGGUUAAUGUUGGCUAGUCAAUGCAAUCUAUACAUUUACAACUACUAUGGCUGAAGUAUACUGCACAGCACUGAGUUAGGCUCCCAAGACAAUUAUGUUUUGUUUCAGUCAAAUUAAACUUUUCAGAAUGUCUUUUA